AUGGGCAGCGAGAACUCCGGAAGCACACUAGCCAAUCGGGUGGAUGCACGUUGUGGCUACAAUAACCUUGAUUCAUUCUUUGCUAGACGCAUCGUCAGCAAGCUGGAUGCUCUAUUGAAUGAGCAUAAUGAAUUGUUGAAAAUAUUCAAAUCCCACAUGCACAAAUUAGAAAGCGAUAAUCACGCUAUUGUUAUUAAUCCUGAUAAAACACCAGCUGGAGAACACAUUCGUAGAUUCAAUGCACCUGUUGCUGACGACGUUGCUGGAAUCAUGGUUGGCGAUCGUACAGGUGCAAGAGAAAUUGUGAUUCGUAGGAGAAAUAAUAAUCUUCAGUUCAUUGCUGAUACACACCGUUCAUAUGACGCUCUCCAAUAUCCGCUAAUCUUCUGGAAGGGACAAGACGGAUAUAGCAUAAAUAUUAAACAACGAGAUCCCGUAUCAGGAGCCGAAACAAACAAAAACGUUAGCUCGAAGGAUUAUUAUGCGUAUAGAUUGAUGAUUAGACGCGGGCUGGAUAACGUCAUUCUACGAUUUCGAGAGCUUUGUCAACAAUUCAUGGUCGACAUGUACGCGAAGAUAGAAGGCGAACGACUACGAUACUUACGAUAUAAUCAACUCAAGCUACGUGUGGAAAAGUACAUUCACUUGCGAGACGCUAUUGUCAACAACGCCGACGCUGGAAGGUCGAAAUUGGUAACUCUGUCAUUCUACCAUCAUCGUACGUAGGCAGUCCACGUCAUAUGCAAGAGUAUAUACAGGAUGCUCUGACUUUCGUGCGCGAAUAUGGGCGACCGUGUUUAUUUAUCACGUUCACAUGUAAUCUAAAAUGGCCAGAGAUUACAUCUUUGCUGUUGCCUGGCCAAAAUGCAAUACAUCGUCAUGACAUUACAGCACGUGUGCUUAGACAAAAGCUGAAGUCAUUAAUAAAUUUUAUUACUAAAUCACAUGUAUUCGGUCCCACACGUUGCUGGCUGUAUUCGGUUGAGUGGCAAAAGCGAGGA